CAUGGCGACGCAAGGACCGGAGGCGGCCCGCCCUGCGCCCCUCGUCGCCCAGCUCGCGUCGCCGCCGCCCGGCCAGAAUCUCAGCAACGGCGCGCCUUCGCCGCCCAACAACCGCGGCUUGGAACGGACGCUGGAGGAGGCGACCCUCAGCGGUUCGCUCAACCUCAGCGCCCGAAAACUCAAGGAGUUCCCGCGGACCGCCGCCGGUCACGACCUGAGCGACACGGUGGAGGCAGAUUUGUCGAAGAACCGUCUGUCUGACGUUCCCUCGGAAGUGUGCCACCUGGUGGCCUUGGAGACCCUCAACCUGUACCACAACUGCAUCAGGAGCAUCCCGGAUGCAGUCAUCAGCCUCCAAUCGCUCACCUCGCUCAACCUUAGUCGCAACCAGCUGAGCUCUCUACCAGCUUGCCUGUGCACUUUACCACUCAGAGUCCUCAAUGCCAGCAACAACAAACUUGUCAGCCUACCCGAGAGCGUCGGACAACUACGCCGCCUCAUGGAACUGGACAUCAGCUGUAACGAACUCACAACUCUUCCUCGGCACAUUGGACGACUGAGAGCUCUAAGGGAGCUCAAUGUACGACGCAACCUGCUGUGCGUUCUUCCAGAAGACCUGGCUGACCUUCCUCUGGUCAAGUUGGACUUUUCGUGCAACAAGGUGUCUACCAUUCCACUGAGCUACCGGAAGAUGGUGCAGCUACAGGCCCUGCGGCUGGAGAACAAUCCGCUUCAGAGCCCCCCAGCACAGAUCUGUCUUAAGGGUAAAGUUCAUAUUUUCAAGUAUCUCAGCAUGGAGGCGUGUCGCAGCGACAAGAUGGCCGAUGCGCUCUACCUCCCUGUUAUGGAGCGCCUCAGCCUGACGCGUGUGGAGGACAUGGAGCACCAAAGGAAGCAGGACAGUGACUCGGGAGUCGGCAGCGAUAUUGGAGACAAGAGGCUAUCAGCAACAGAGCCAUCGGAUGAAGAUAGUUUGAGUCUCAACGUUCCAAUGAGUCACAUCACGGAGGAGGACGGACUCAGUAAAGACGACUCCAGCGAACACAUCAGCUCCCUGACAGAUCCCAGUUCGGAGCCGGUUCGGCUUAUCGAGGAGAGCCCAACGGAAGCGCUGAGGGAGCAGCUGGCCUACCGAGACGCCGCCGCUCACUUGGUGGGCUAUAUUAGGGAGCGGACGCCGACGGCAGCAGACUUGGACGAGCCACUGAGAAUCGAUGAAGACUCGCACUGGACCGCAGAGCAGCGUUCGAGAUCAAAGGUAACAGGGGACGGCGGCCUGCACUUGGACAUGAUCAGCCAGCUAAAAGAGGCUGUGGAGCUACUUCAGGAUCCCAGCAGAAUUAACUUGGCGCAAGAGGACCUGUGCGGGGUGCAACUCUACCCCGUUGAAUUGGUCACGGUGGAAGAAUCUGUCAACGGGCAGGACAGCGACGAUGACAUCACCACACCAAAGCGACUAGACCAGUCUGAUAGCAGAUUUCCCCCACUCUCCAGCGUACCAUUUGGACUGAAACCUCGCUCAGUGUUCCUACGCAGCCACAAGAGUCUGGAGUGUGUGGACCCACAGUUCACCAUGAGGAGGAAGAUGGAGCAGCUGAGAGAAGAGCUCGAGCUCAUGGAACAGCUCAGAGAUAGUAUCGAGAGCCACCUGAAGGUGGUUCUUCCCGACGACCUCGGCAACUCACUGAUGGACGGCGUCGUGCUUUGCCACCUGGCCAAUCACAUUCGCCCGCGCUCUGUCGCCAGCAUCCACGUGCCCUCGCCCGCCGUGCCCAAACUCAGCAUGGCCAAGUGUCGUCGGAACGUGGAGAACUUCCUGGACGCCUGUCGGAAGAUCGGCGUGCCCGAGGACAAGCUUUGUCUCCCGCACCACAUCCUGGAGGAGAAAGGCCUCAUCAAAGUCAGCGUCAUGGUUCAGGCCCUCCUGGACCACAAGUCUUCCAGACCAGGACAGCGCACGUGAGGACCCCAUUGCAUGACUGGUGUUUUUUGGGGCGACUGACAGUUUUUGAUGUUGCAUUGCAAUUCCUUUCCACCGGCCUGGUACCGUUGGGAGCUGGGGGGUGGGGGGGUGCUAACAUUGGGAGUCGUUUGCCGUUUUUAUCUUGCACAAGAAAGAAAAAAAAAUGUCCGUUUGAAAUCCAGAGACACUGUGAUUGAGAUAUAUAUAUAUAUAUAUAUAUAUAUAUAUAUAUACACACACACACAAUUUUUUUUCUGGACUGAAUUUUUAAGUAAAGCAACAAAGUUCUGGUGGAGAGACUUUUUCCAGAAAUAUUACAUUUAUAGUUUUUGCUGGAUACCGUAUGAUCCUACUUCGCUGCGUUCUGUAUGAAAUUUUGGUGAAUAUUCUGCGAGUCGGUGUUUUAGUUCCUGCAGUAUUUCGCAGGUUAAUCCAACAUUUUGAAUAUUGUUGCCACCUUUGUCGAGAUUUUGCUAGCGUUUGUAUUUAAUUGGCAGCAAAAAUAUAUUUAUAACAGGACUUUGCGUAUCCUCAAGAGCUAUUUUUGGCCAAUAUAUUUUUGUCGGAAUGGUGUGGAUUUUGAAUCUACGUGGCAAGUCUGUGGACUUUUGAGCCAAGCGUGCGUUUUGUAGCUUUUGAAACAAUCCGACGUCGUUCAAAACAGGCCACAGUGAACAAUGGUUUGUAACGGUGUACAUUUUUUCUGGCGGGCGUCAGUACGUCAACGGUGUACUGGCUCCCGGUUCUCUUUCAUCACUCCGUUGUAAUAUCUCAUCCUCUCAGACCGGGUGGCAGGUUGAAAAGUGUUAUUUAUGCAACUUACUGAUUCAACAUGGAUACACGUGUGGGCUUUUUGUUCAAAAGUAUUCAAAUCCAAAAGAGUGCAAAACUUUUGCACUACCCCCCCCACCCCAAUUUAAAAGAUCUCAGUUGUCUUCGUAACAUUUCUGACAUCCGUUUGUCCAAAAUCGCCCAAGGAUCAAGAAAUGUACAUAGCAGACGUGUUUACAGUACAUUUCUUGUCGUGGUGAAAUUCUCUCGUUUCGAGUGUGGAAAGCAAGCAAGCGGCAGUUAUUAAAACGCGAUCAGAAGCAAACAUUGCAGCUCUGCUUACCAUUUGGAUUUGACAAGCUCGGGCCAAAGUGGUUGUUUGUUUCCCUCGUGAAAUUGUUUUAGGUCCGUUAACAGCAAUAAACACAAACUGACUUUAUCGGCACUUUAACUUUUCUAUUUAUGUUUUUUUUUUUUCCUUUUUGUUUUUGACUGUGACUUUUAACAAAAACGUUUUAUAAAAUGUGUAAAUAACAUGUACUCUUUUUUUUUUCCUUUUUUUAUCUGAGGGAGCCAGUGUAUAUUUUUGAUUAACGAUGCUUUUAUGUAUUAUAAAUAUUUUUCAUUAACAAUGUUUUCAAUGUUGUUGUUGAUGCAUGAAAAGUCCCUUUUGAUGCGCCUUAACUGCUGUGGAGCUUUUUUGUACAUCCAAAAAGUGUUUUUGUUAUCACUGCAAUUAAAAAAAAAAGAUACAUCCGCA